AGCUCAAAGCCGACUGGUCAUUAGGAUCGGAACUGUCUAGGGAAGCCGGCGAAACGACCGGUACAACCGCUUCUCUAAUUUCACCACACAGCACACAACCAACUCCACUCUCUCUCUCUCCUCAGACUUCGCUUUCGCUUCGCUCACGCUGUCACAGAGACAACAGGCUAUUGCUUCAGAGUUCAGACCACCAAACACCUCUCUCUCUCUCUCUCUGCAGUUUCUCACUCUAGACGUCUCUCUCUAGUUUCUCGCUCUAGAACUUGUGGGUGUGCCUCACCAGGCUGAUCAAUCUGACGUUACUCUACAGAAACGGCAGAUACACGCUAUUCAAUUCAAUUCAAUUCAAUUAGGCCUCUCCCCCACCUCCAUCUCUUUUAUUAAAUUCACCCCCUCACACCAUCUUCUAUCCUCUGUUUCUCUCUCUUUCUCUCUCUUUCCUUGUGUUCCCCGCCUCCAUGGUAAGGCUGUAGUCUCCUUCCUCCUCUUCUCUUCUGCCGGUUCCUCCUUCAAUACGCCGUCGUUUCACCGGGUUGGUCCCAGAAGGGAACUGAGUCAGAAUCUGGGAUUGCCCCGAGUCUCUGCCGAGCCAGAUACGCAGUCUGUGAGUGUCUCUGUGCGUUGGUGGGAAGAUGGUUUUUCAGGGUGUGGGGUUUUGGUAUCGACGGCUCCUUCUGGAUGAUUAGAGGGUGGGUUUUGAUUUGGGUGAGGAAGAAUCAUGACUUCUGAUCUUUUGGAAAUCCAACCACGAGAACUCAAGUUCACUUUUGAAUUGAGGAAGCAAAGCUCGUGCUCUAUUGGGCUGGUCAAUAAAUCUCAAUACUAUGUUGCUUUCAAGGUUAAAACUACUUCCCCAAAGAAAUAUUGUGUGCGACCAAAUGUUGGCAUUGUUAAGCCAAAAUCAACCCGUGAUUUCACAGUUACAAUGCAAGCCCAACGAAUAGCCCCACCUGAUCUGAUUUGCAAAGACAAGUUCUUAAUUCAGAGCACAGUGGUUCCUGCUGAGACAACAGAUGAGGACAUUACAGCUAGCAUGUUUUCCAAAGAUGAUGGCAGAUAUAUUGAAGAGAGCAAGCUGAGAGUGAUCCUCAUCAGCCCACCUCAUUCACCGGUACUUUCACCAAUUAAUGGAACAUUGAAGCAGGUACCGUCUUAUGAAGCAUCAGUAGAAAAUAAUCAAGUAUUGAGGAAGGUUGAACUCACCCCUGAUCACAUAGUUAUUAAGAAUGUGGGGGAAUCCAAAUUGGUUAAUGAUGAGUUAAAGCCAGCAAGGGAUGCAGAGGUUGUGAAAUUAGCUGAAGAUAUUGAGAUGAUGAGGUCAAAACUUUAUGAAUAUGAAUAUAAGUUACGAGAGGCUGAAGCUACCGAAUCAAAGCUAGCAAAAGAGAAGAAAUUAAACAUUCAAGAGAGGGAAACUUUGCAAAAAGAACUGGCUGUGCUGAAAAGAAACAGAGGAGAAAGGAAAGUGCAGGUGGGAUUUCCUUUGCUAUUUGUUUGUACGGUGGCUCUCAUCAGUGUUCUGCUCGGCUACCUUUUACGUGGUUGAAAAGGAGGAAUACUUGCUAUGUGGGUGGUACUACUACUACUUAGGUGUACAGAAAUGUAAAAAUCCAUCAAGUGGGUAAUGUAGAGCAGUGACAUUUUGAAUACAAGUUAUCUUUGGGAUCGGUUUUCAGUGAGCUUAAGCCAUUUUGCCUUUUGUAAGGGACAUACUUUUUUGAUGUGUUGGGAAACAAAGGAGCUGUGAUUUUGUUUUCUUGGAAUGAUAAAAAAAAUAUCAUUUAUUUGAA